GUCACGGCCAUCGCUUUUCAGCACGCCAACCAUCGCCAUGUGCAGCAAGGACAACUUGACCAGCGGCAUGGCUGCCGUCGCCGUGACUGAAUGUACCAUUGCGCUGCUCUUGUUGUGCAUUGGCGCUGGGCUGUCCGAAUCGACCAAGUAUCACAUGGCGCUCGGCAGUCAAGUCCGCAGCGUUGGUGGCGGUCUCGUGUUCCUUGCAUUCAUGUACCCUAUGGUCGCUGGCACCGGGUACGUCGGGGCCAAGUAUCACAACAAGUUCCUUUUGCUCGUGCACGUGAGUGGCCUUGUCGGGCUCGCCGUCAUGCAAACAAGUAUCGCCGGGAGUGGGCUGAUCUUGGCGUCACCGGACUACCCGUACGACUUUCAAGAGUUGUGUCUAACAAACAACUUUCUCAACAAUGACACCCAACGCGCGCUGUGCCAGCCCUACUUUCUCAGCGACACCUUUGGGGGCCUGCGGUUGGCGUGGCAAACGUUCUACAUCGAAACGCUGGCUGACCAAACCGCUGGAUCCAGCAUGCAAAAGCUGCAAGAUGCCAAUGUGUGCUGCGGACUCGGUCCACCUCGCCAUUGCCAGAACGAUACGCGGCCUUUUCCGAGCAAUCGGCCGUCCACGAACUGGCCUACCCAACAAACUUGUCCGACGACGCCAAAGUAUGCCGGUGACUACAUGCCAACUCCACUGUGCUACGCGGGCGGGAGCUGCUCGUUUGAUUACCCCAUUGGCAGCUGUGGGAUGAGUGGCGCGGGUCUAUUUGCAAAAGGGUGUGCCAGUGCGCUGCACCAAAGCAUGGCCACAACGGUGAUCGGCCUGUGCAUCACCGUGCAAGCUCUGCUAUUCUUCACAGUACGUUGGAUAAGACAAGCCACGACGCAAUGGAUGCGAUAGUGUUGUAGGUGUUGUUUGGGUGCUCAACUGUGUGUUUGUUAUUCAAGCGCAAGGACGAAGACGUCCUGCCAACAGGCAUGCAGAUCACAAUUCGCCCCAAAGAAACCAAGAUCUACUGCAGUAGAGAGAUAGCUCAAAUGGAGAAAGACUUCUAGCACU